UCAGUGCGCGAAUGUCAACAAUGUAGCGAUUGAGAGUAGGCGUUUCAUUCGAGUGUAACAAACAGAGGAGACGGAGCCGCACGCUGCAGAGAUCAGCACACACACAUUCACACACAUUUUAGACACACUAUUUCAAGCAUAAACGCGCAUUUUUUCCUCGUAAACGCAAAACGAAAUAUUAAACGAGUGCACCGCAAAACGUGAUCUCCCUGCAGCCCGGGGGCUUUAGGAGUCUGCAAGGAAGUCAUCAUGUGAAAAAAAUACAUUAUUUGCUAAACGGACAAUAGGGCUGGAUCACAAGGAAAAGAAAAGACUAGGCUGAAGGAAAGGAAGUAUGGCUGAGGUUUACAGUCAAUGAAGUCGGAGGGGCGUGUGUUAGCGUGACAGAGGUGGAGCUUAAUCCACAGAGAGAGAGAGAGACUCCUCUGUGAGGAGGCCUGUGCCGUCGACCCCGAAAACCCAUCCGAGAAGUGUUGCUGGCGCUGCACCACAACAUGCGUCUCAAUCCCACAGUCACGCGGGAGCAUCUCAGCGCAUGCUAACACUUGGAGCUGUCAUUGCCACCUCCUGUCAGAGCAGUCAAACAAUGGAGCAAACCACUGGUGUGAGCGGUAUGUCCGUGGAUGAGAAGUCUGAAGCUCCCAUGUACGUGUAUGAGUCGACAGUGCACUGUACCAACAUCCUGCUGGGUCUGAAUGAGCAGCGGAAGCAGGGCCUGCUCUGCGAUGUGACCGUGCUGGUGGAGGGCAAGGAGUUUCGCGCACACAGGGCUGUACUAGCGGCCUGCAGCGAGUACUUCCUACAGGGGUUUGCCACCCAAACUGACAAUGAUCUGGUGCUCAGCAUGCCAGAGGAGGUCAGUGCCCGGGGAUUCGCUCCAUUGUUACAGUUUGCCUAUACGGCUAAGCUGCUGCUCAGCAGAGAAAACAUCCAGGAGGUCAUCCGCUGUGCCGAAUUCCUGCGCAUGCACAACCUGGAGGACUCGUGCUUUCGCUUCCUGGAGGCCCAGCUGCGCAGUGAAGAGGACGGCCUGCUCCUGUGCCGCAAGAUGGCGUCGGAGAGCAAUCACUCAGAGGAUGAGGGCAUGCAACCUGAGUUGCUGACGACAACUGCAGUGACGCUACCUGGUUCUCCACGAUCUCGUCUUUGUGCCGAGGCCUUGCACUCCUUGCGGCGACCGGACCACGAGCAGCUGGCAGGAACGGAAGAUUUCACUGAUGGGCCGAUGGACUUUGAGCGACAUGGCACCUCAGACCUGCCACGAUGCCCUAAGUACAGAAAGUACCAGUUAGCAUGCAACAAGCACAAUAACGACGCCUCUUCACACACCAGUACCUCAGGUUUUCCAAGCACAUUCAAGGAGAUGAGCAGGCCGGCUGUGAUGCAAAUCAAGCAAGAACCCCGCAGCGAGGAAGAGUCCAUCUCACUUUGCCUGUCAGGGAAUGAGCAGGAGGAUGGUGAAAAGGACGAUGUGGCUGAGAUGGACCUGGAUGGUUCCAUCACAGUGGACCAACCAAAAGGCAGAAGCAAGUCACCCACCUGCCUACGGGCUCUGUUCAAGAAGGACCUGCCCAGCACACCCCAGCAGCUCUUAGCUAACAGACUCAUCAACGCCCAGGAUAAAGGAACCACUCAGGGAGACCACAAAAAAGACUACAGGCCUUCGCUUGGCAAUGAGUUUGGCAUGCCUGUGGCGUUCCCCAAAGACACUGAUGGUUUCCCGCCAGGGCUUUCGUUGAAGUCGCCUUCCUGCGAUGGUGUGUGCAAGCAAGAGGUGGAGCCGGACCGCCGCAGUGUCAUCUUCUCCUCAGGGGCCUGUGACCGACUGGGUACACCCACCCACUCCCAUCCCAGCGGGAACUCAUUGGAGAAGGAGCUCUCAGAACACAUGCCAAAGGGAUUGUGGGCCGGCGCCAGCCAGUCCCUUCCCAGCUCUCAGACCUACUCCCCUAGUACCACAGCCAGCGACCCGCCCUUGCUUUGCCGCCAAAGGCCCAAUACCAGCUGCCCAGUGCCAAUUAAGGUAUGCCCACGAUCGCCCCCUUCAGAGACCCGCACUCGGACCUCCAGUUCCUGUUCGUCCUAUUCUUACGCUGAGGACGGAAGCGGGGGGUCCCCCUGCAGCCUGCCGCAGUUUGAGUUUUCACCCUCGCCUUGCCCCAAUGUGACGCGGUGUCUCACCUCUGACCAACAAGAGGCAGGUGGUGGGACGGAUGCACUAUUUGCACGGGUACGGCCCAAGAUAAAGUGUGAGCAGUCAUAUGGAACCAAUUCCAGUGAUGAGUCAGGGUCCUUUUCGGAGGGGGACAGUGAAUCAUGUCAUGUUCGAGAGCAAGGCCCUGAGGUCAAGCUCCCGUUCCCUGUUGAUCAAAUCACAAAUCUUCCACGCAACGACUUCCAAAUGAUGGUGAAAAUGCACAAGCUGACCUCAGAGCAGCUGGAGUUCAUCCACGACGUGCGCAGACGUAGUAAAAAUCGCAUCGCGGCACAGCGCUGCCGCAAGAGAAAACUUGACUGCAUCCUGAACCUUGAGUGUGAAAUACGCAAACUGGUGUGUGAAAAGGAGAAGCUGUUAACAGAGCGCAACCAGUUAAAGGCGUGCAUGGGAGAGUUAUGGGAGAAUUUCUCCUGUCUGUCGGAAGAGGUGUGUCGAGAUGUGCAGCUGAGCCCUGAACAGGUACAUCACUACUGCCCUAUACUGCGCCCCGGCAACACCGCCUCCGUCGCCCCCGGCAGCAUCGACCUCACCGCCUCCUCCACCCCAGAACAGAGCUUCCACAAAUCAUCCUCCACAAAAGACGGGACAACCCGAAAGCCCCAGUGGAAAACUGGCAACGGGGCUGAAGACGCAGCCAACCACAGGGAGGAGCAAGAGGCCGGCUCUGCCUUUAUGGAGGUGGGGCUUUCCCUGGAACAGUCCAAUCAAACGGUGACAGUAGACUUCUGUCAAGAGAUGACAGAUAAAUGUACAACUGACGAACAGCCCAACAGAAAGGACUGUACCUAAUGACGGUGGUUUCUCUGUGUUGAUUUGUUUUUUAUUAUUAUUUAAUUUAGUUAUGUCUUCUGACAAACCCUCACAAGUCGAGGGCUGUUGAGAUGGCCAGCCUCUGCCAGUGUUUUUGAUUUUUUUUUACAUAUAUAUAUAUAUAUAUAUAUUUAUGUCUUUUUAUUGUCUUUUUUUAAACAAAGGUUGACACUACAGUUGUCUUAACAGCAGCAAUACUGUUCUCCAGGUUCUGUCUAGUUCAGCCAUGGCAGAGUGGCUGAGACCUUCUCACAGAACUUCACAAUGGUGCUACACCUUUCCAGGACAGUGGAGACACUGUCUGUUUCCAAUUACAGUCCAUUCAGUUGGGAUGGGCGCUGACCACAUCUCAAAUUCAGACCUCUACGGACCUAGCAGCAGCUUUUUGCUCUCUUUUUGUCUCUUUCUUCCCUCUCCACCUUCAUUCACUCCUCCUGCCCUCUACCUCUAAAUCUCCCCCUCUCUCUAUCUUCUCUUUCUCUUUGUGGCCCUUGUCACAGUAAAUUCAAACUCAGGAAAUAUUCUGAAUGUUCAGUAUAACUCAUGAAAAAAAAUAAUACAGAUUUUUUUUUCUACAGCAGCUAGACUGUAAAUGUCCAUAUGCAAAAAUGUCUUCUGCAUCAUGCGUUUGUAGUGUCUGCGUACCGUAAUUUGUACAGACGGUGGUAUCUAAAAACAUUCCUCCUUUGCCUUCCACAGCACUGAUACGAAAUAAAGUACGACGGAGAAGACUCGCAUCGUAGUUUUGGCCACCUUUUUGCGUCAGCAAUACUAUACCAUUGGAUGUUUUCGAGAAGUGCUUGCUCGACAGAAAGCGUAUUGUAAAUAGUACGGUGCAUGGAGAUGGGCUAGAUAAUAUUGUACAGGUAGUAACCUUCGCGCUUUUUGUUUUUCGUUUUCUUUCUGUUCUCUGGGGUUUUAUCAAGCACCUUUUUGUCACGAAGGGAAAAUCGUUGCUGUUUCCUGUCUCGAAUGAAUUCCCCAUGACGAUGGAUGUGCUUAAACUCAGGAAACUAGCAUUCUUACACUCACGCAUGCACACACACGCUCGCAUACGACCCCCCUGGUGCAGCGCAUAGACCCCCUUGCAUGUGAUUUGGAUGUAAACGGUGUGCGUAGUGGUGAGCUGUUCUUCUAUAAAUGUGAAAACGUGCUCUUAUCAGUAUUUACAAUGUGCUCACGGACACCUGCGAACAGUGUUAUCUUUAACACACCUUUCAGUUUUAGCCCAUUUUACAGAACGGAAAUGAUGUUGAACUCAAUUUAGUUUUCCCCUCCCUCAGCACUCUUUGAUUGUUCAGCACUUCUGAAAGGGAUUUCUUUUUCAGAACCCUAAAAAGUCUGAAAUUGAAGCACUUAAUGUGAACACUUAAAGUGUCUCUCUUGGCUGAUGAUCUUUAAAGACACAAUAUCUUAUAAAGAACGUUUUCAAGUUCAUUUAAAUUAAAAAAAGAAGUGUUCAAAUUAAAUAUUUAUGGAAGACACUAAAAAGCUGCUUUUAAAGUGUGUUGUUCACACUUGUAGGUUGGUUAUUUUGGUCCAGGCCAAAUAAUUGAGACACAUGGUCCUGGUUCACUUACAAUCUGUGUUGCAUUUAGGCAUGGGCCGGUAUAAGAUUCUGUCAGUGUGAUAAUCUUGGAUAAAAAUAUUACGGUUUCACGUAAUCACGGUAUUGUGAUCACUGCUCUAAAAUAUAUUCUUUUUUUAAUGUCUGAGUAAAAACAACUA